AUGGUGGCAGAAAUAGAAAGAAAAUAUAAAUUUCAAUUUUCGUUUGAACCAAAAAUUAAAGGUGAACCAACAUCAACAUCUACAUCAUCAUUUUUUCCCUAUGAGUGGGGUUAUGGUGCAAAUGGUUUUCCUACAGAUGAUUUACAAGAUAUUAUACAAGAAUAUGAUUAUCAAGUUCUUGGAAAUCAUAUAAAACAAACUAUUGGACAACCUCAUCAAUCACUAAUAAACUUGUCACUAUUAAUCAUUUUUACCUAUUUAAUACCAUCCAUUGUAAUUUUAACUAAAAUUUAUAACACUUAUGCAAUUGUUUUUAUUAUUAUAACAUUUAUUUUAUCAAUUAUUUCAAUACCUUUUAUAGUAUUAUUUAAAAAUUUAAGAAUUUUAAAAAAAAGGAAAAUUUUAAUUCAAGGUUUUAAAAUUUCAUCAUUUAAUAGGACUAUGAUUGCAAUUUUAGCACUUCAAUUAAUUUUUGAAGUAAUCUCAUUUUUAAAUGAUAAGAAAUUAUUAGAUUAUAUUUUAUUUAUCUAUAUAUUUAUAGAUUUUAUAAUUAUAUUUUUAUUAUUUAAAUAUUUAAUGAUGUUUACAAAAAUAAAAGGAAAUAUUUCAAAUUUUAAUGAAACUGAACACAUUCAAAAAUUAAACGAAAUUGUGGAGGGUUAUUUUNAACNCCAAUACCAUUUUAUUUAUCUUUUCCAGAAAAUUAUGAGUACACAAAUUUUGGAAAUUGUAUAUAAUAAUGAUAAUAAAGAAGAUGGUUUAUGCGAAAAAAAUCAGCAAAAACAAAAAAUUAACAAUCAUUGA